CCGUCUCCAACCCCCUCGACCACAACUACUUCUAAAAUCCGCAAAGCCGGGAGGACUUUACAUUGAAGCUGAUCCGUUUGUUUGCUUCCGAUUAAGUGUAGUGGUGGAGGAAGCUGCCAGGUCUCGGGAUGUUCCUAGACAAGUGUGAUGGUGACCUGGGUGACCUCAGGGGAGGUAGCACACCAACUCCUGGUCCUCCAGAGGGGGAAGAAGAUGAUCUUCCCAAAAAGAAGCACCGCAGGAAUCGUACAACCUUCACCACUUACCAGUUACAUGAACUAGAACGUGCCUUUGAGCGGUCUCACUAUCCUGACGUAUACAGUCGAGAGGAGCUCGCAAUGAAGGUCAGCCUGCCAGAAGUUCGUGUCCAGGUUUGGUUCCAAAACAGACGUGCAAAAUGGAGGCGCCAGGAAAAGUUGGAGUCCUCGACUACUAAGCUCCAUGAUUCACCAAUUUUAUCCUUCUCAAGGACUCCGAUAGCUACAAAUAUGGGGUCCCUUACUUCAUCUUUGCCUCUGGAUCCCUGGCUGACUUCACCCAUUUCUGGUGCCACCACUGUCCACAGCAUGACUGGAUUUAUGGCUCCAUCUCAGGCUCUUCAGCCCCCCUACCCAAGUCACACUUUCCUGAACAGUGGACCUCCAAUGUCUUCUAUCCAGCCUCUCAGCAGUGGUGCUUACCAAUGCAUGGGAGGCUUCAUGGACAAGUUUCCCUUGGAGGAGUUGGACCAGAGAAGCUCCAGCAUUGCAGCACUCCGCAUGAAGGCCAAAGAGCACAUUCAGACCAUAGAUAAGACAUGGCAACCUAUGUGAUGUACAGUGACCAUUUUUUAAACCAGAUCGCAA